GUUAUGGUCCUGGAAAGUUUCAUGGUCUUUUUGUGAUCACAUGUUGAUUGAUUUUGACCAUCACUGCCUAGAUCAAGUGAUCGAUGAAUUCAUCAUAUGUGGUGGUAGGAUUGUACCAAUUGCAGGCUUCUUAUCAGUACUUAUUGGAUAGUGAAUGGUUCUACAAUGGUGGAUGGUUUGCAGAGAGUGCUUUUGACGCUUCAGUGUAAUGGAUGUCAUGAUUUCUGAUAAGCUGCUGAAUCAGGAAAUUCCUAUAUGGAGUGAUUAGUUGUGAAACUCUGCUACUAGGGAACACAGCCUGCUGUUGCCUUUUAUUUCCAUGGGAUAUUUGGUAAGGUUAGGUCAUACCAUAUAUGGGCCAUUUUUAGGUCUUGCUUAAGAAUGUGGCAGCAACAGAAGUUCGGCUAAUCAAAAAAUUAUUAUUGUUGAACAUAAUGCCCCCCUACAGGGCUUCUGCCCAUUCAAUUGAUGCUGUUCUGAGUUUCCAAAGCAGGAAUUAUGAUGAAUUUAAUAAGAGUACUUCAUUUAGUUCGACGAGUUGGUUGGUCCACUUUAGGCAUUUCUUUGUUAUGAAGGCGUAUUACUCCAUGAACAAUAUGUAGAGACAACAUUGGACUAGUAAUUAUUUUAGAAAGUCUUUCAAAGUAGGCGGUGGAUCAAGCUUGUGGAGUUGAGGGCGGUUUAGCUUUUUAUUAUGGAAGAUGUUAAGAUUCUAAGUAUUUAUGGCCAUUUCGAAGGACGAGUUCACAUGCUUGCCCAGAAUACAUUUAAGCUUGAUGAUAAGCUUCUGGACAGCACGUCGUGGGAAUUUUGAAGGCCAUUCAAAUUCAAUUUUCUGUGCCAAAAGAAAGAGGUAAUAAGAAGGAUUUCCAGCAAUGUCUAGCACUGCAAAAGCUUUCGACCCUGCAUUCCAAGGAGUGGGUCAGAGACUAGGGACUGAAAUUUGGCGAAUUGAGAAUUUUCAGCCAGUUCCACUCUCAAAAUCUGAAUAUGGAAAAUUCUACAUGGGAGAUUCUUACGUUGUAUUGCAGACAACACCUGGAAAGGGAGGUGCUUAUUUGUAUGACAUACACUUCUGGAUUGGAAAAGACACAAGCCAGGAUGAAGCCGGAACAGCAGCUAUCAAAACUGUUGAACUUGAUGCGGUACUUGGAGGGCGCGCUGUGCAGCACAGGGAAAUUCAAGGACAUGAAUCUGACAAAUUUUUGUCUUACUUUAAACCUUGUAUUAUACCAUUGGAAGGCGGUGUUGCAUCUGGAUUUAAAAAGCCUGAGGAAGAACAGUUUGAAACGCGGCUGUAUGUCUGUCGAGGAAAACGAGUUGUCAGAUUGAAGCAGGUUCCUUUUGCUCGUUCUUCACUUAAUCAUGAUGAUGUGUUUAUCCUGGACUCUGAAACGAAAAUCUACCAGUUUAAUGGUGCAAAUUCCAAUAUUCAGGAAAGGGCCAAGGCUUUGGAAGUGAUUCAGUUUUUGAAAGAAAAGUAUCACGAGGGAACAUGUGAUGUUGCAAUCAUUGAUGAUGGGAAGUUAGAUACUGAGUCGGACUCUGGUGAGUUCUGGGUCCUUUUUGGUGGUUUUGCUCCAAUUGGAAAGAAAGUGACCAGUGAAGAUGAUACUGUCCUAGAGACCACUCCUCCUAAACUUUAUAGUAUUACUGAUGGUGAGCCAAAGAUUGUAGAUGGUGAAUUGUCCAAAGGCAUGUUGGAAAACAAUAAAUGCUAUCUGCUGGACUGUGGAGCUGAGAUAUUUGUUUGGGUCGGCCGGGUGACACAAGUAGAGGAAAGAAAAGCUGCCAGUCAGGCUGCUGAGGAAUUUGUUGCGAGCCAAAGUAGGCCAAAAUCAACACGUGUAACCCGGCUUAUUCAAGGUUAUGAAACACGUUCUUUCAAGUCAAAGUUCGAUUCUUGGCCAGCAGGGUCUGCAACUCCUGGUGGCGAGGAGGGACGAGGAAAAGUAGCAGCUUUACUGAAGCAACAAGGUGUUGGUAUCAAGGGAAUGGCAAAAAGUGCGCCUGUAAACGAGGAAGUCCCUCCUUUGCUUGAAGCGGGUGGAAAGAUGGAGGUUUGGUGCGUCAAUGGUAGUGCCAAGACUCCAUUGCCCAAGGAGGAUAUCGGAAAGUUCUAUAGUGGGGAUUGCUACAUCAUACUUUAUACCUACCAUUCAGGUGAUAGGAAAGAAGAUUAUUUCCUCUGCUGUUGGUUUGGAAAGGACAGCAUCGAGGAGGACCAGAAGAUGGCUGCUCAGCUGGCUAAUACGAUGUCCAACUCAUUAAAGGGGAGACCUGUUCAGGGGUACAUAUUUGAAGGCAAGGAACCACCACAAUAUGUUGCACUCUUUCAGCCUAUGGUGGUCCUCAAGGGUGGUUUGAGCACUGGUUACAAAAAAUAUAUCGAAGAACAAGGUUUGACAGAUGAAACAUACACAAUGGACUGUAUUGCAUUCUUUCAGAUAUCAGGGACUUCUAGUCAUACCAAUAAAGUAGUGCAAGUUGAUGCGGUGGCCUCGUCGCUGAAUUCUAUGGAGUGUUUCCUACUGCAAUCUGGUUCUUCAAUUUUCACUUGGCAUGGAAAUCAAAGUACGUACGAGCAGCAGCAAUUAGCUGCGAAAAUUGCUGACUUCUUGAAGCCUGGAGUCACUUUGAAACAUGCGAAAGAAGGUACAGAGAGCUCAGCUUUCUGGUUUGCCCUUGGAGGAAAACAAAGUUACACCAGCAAAAAGGUUUCUCAGGAGAUCGUCAGAGAUCCGCACUUGUUUAUAUACUCAAUAAAUAAAGGAAAAUUUGAGGUUGAGGAAGUUUACAACUUUUCUCAAGAUGAUCUGUUGACCGAGGAUAUAUUGAUACUGGACUCACAUGCUGAAGUAUUUGUUUGGGUUGGUCAGUCUGUGGACUCCAAAGAAAAGCAAAAUGCUUUUGAAAUUGGCAAAAAAUACAUAGAGAUGGCUGAAUCUAUGGAGGGGUUAUCUCCUAAUGUACCACUUUAUAAAGUUACAGAAGGAAAUGAACCUUCGUUCUUCACAACAUAUUUUUCGUGGGAUCCCACAAAAGCCAUGGUUCAUGGAAACUCAUUCCAGAAGAAGGCAGCACUACUAUUUGGGGUAGGCCAUGCCGUGGAGGAUAAAUCCAGUGGAAAUCAAGGCGGGACAACUCAACGGGCUUCAGCUUUAGCUGCUUUAAAUUCUGCUUUCAACUCAACCUCUGGGAAACCUGGCCAACUGAGCCAGGAUAGAUCCAAUGGGUCAAACCAAGGACCAACACAGAGAGCUUCAGCUUUAGCUUCCUUGUCCUCUGCUUUUAAUUCAUCCUCUGGAACCAAAACUCCCCCGAAGCCAUCUGGGACAGGUGGAUCACAAAGAGCUGCUGCUGUGGCUGCGUUGUCAUCAGUUCUUACUGCUGAAAAGCCAAAGAAAUCACCAGAUGCCUCUCCAACCCGAUCUAGUAGCAGCCCUUCCUCUGAAGAUGUAAAGAGUGAAAAAGCCUAUUUUGAAGCUGGGGGUUCUGAAGAAGUUGCAGAAGUUAAGGAAACGGGGGAAGCUGCACCUACAUCAGAAAGCAAUGAGGAAGAUUCAGAACCGAAGCGGGAGACAGAUCAGGAUGAGAAUGCUAGUCAAAGUUGUCGAAGCACAUUCAGCUAUGACCAACUGAAGGUUCACUCAGAAAAUCCUGUUACUGGGAUUGAUUUCAAACGAAGAGAGGCGUAUCUGUCAGAAGAGGAGUUCCAAACCAUAUUUGGGAUGUCAAAAGAAGACUUCUGUAAACUCCCUAGAUGGAAGCAAGACAUGCAGAAGAAGAAAUUCGAUCUAUUUUAGAGUUCAUAUGCAUGGAAAUGACUGCUUCUCAUUUUGGCAGUCUAACUGUGAUUCAUUCGAUUGUUGCUUCUCUGUUGAAAAUCUGUUGUUUCAUUGAUGCGUCGUGCCCGUGGCUUUGCCCUGUCAAGCAUCUUCCAUUAGCCCUUUGAGAGAUGCAGCUGUUAGUGUUAAUAUUGAUUGUGAUGCUGCUUGAGUGUUCCUUUUUUCAUGGACGGUUGGGGGUCAAAUUCUUUUAUUUGGUUGGCAUGUAUUUGAUUUUGUGGCUAUUUUGACUUAAGAAAAAGAGUGUAUAUGUAUUGCACUUGCACUGAAUAUCUUUAUUGAAGAAUGGAAUUUUGUUGUUUGUUAUAUAUA